ACCCGUUUCACCGCAGUGUCACCGUCACCGCUCGACACUGUGAUGAUUACCAGCAACAUGGCGGACAAUGAAUCCGUGGAGUGUAUAACGGAGCACGAACGGAUUUUGCAAGAAAUUGAGAGCACCGACACCGCUUGUGUCGGUCCGACACUUCGAUCUGUGUACGAUGACCAGCCUAAUGCCCACAAGAGGUUUAUGGAGAAGCUUGAGGUCAGGAUCCGUAACCAUGACAGAGAAAUAGAGAAGAUGUGUAACUUCCACCACCAGGGGUUUGUGGAUGCCAUCACCGAGCUGCUCAAAGUCCGUGCCGACGCAGAGAAACUGAUGGGCCAGGUUACCGACACGAACAGAAGACUGCAAGACGCCGGCAGAGAGGUGACAGCCCAAACGGAGGAGGUGAUUCGCUGUCGGAUACAGCAGAGGAACAUGACUACCACUGUGGAGAGACUACAGCUGUGUAUACCUGUCCUAGAAAUGUACAAUAAAUUGAAGGAGCAGCUGGAAUCCAAAAGGUACUAUGCUGCGUUGAAGACCAUGGAGCAGCUGGAGAAGGUGUACAUCCCCCGGGUCAGCCGCUACCGCUUCUGUCAGAUCAUGGCUGAGAACCUGCCCGAGCUCAGAGAGGACAUUAAGGACAUCUCCAUGUCCAACCUCAAGGACUUCCUGGAGAGCAUCAGGAAACACUCAGACAAGAUCGGAGAGACCGCCAUGAAACAGGCUCAGCAGCACAGGACGUUUAACAGUGUGGUUCAGAAGCAUGACAGUGGUAUGGGCUACAGCAGGCCAGUCUACUCCCUGAACGGCCGGACGCCAACGCAGCACAACGGCCUAGCGGCGGAGGAGGGAGUAGACCAACCAGAGGAGGAGGGAGUGGAGGAGGACCAAUCAGAGGAGGAGGUAUUAACAGCCCAGGACCUGGUGGACUUCUCUCCUGUUUACAGAUGUCUCCACAUCUACACCGUUCUGGGUGACAGAGAGACGUUUGAGAACUACUACAGGAAACAGAGGAAGAAACAGGCUAGGCUGGUGCUGCAGCCCCAGUCUAACAUGCAGGAGACCGUGGAGGGUUACCGGCGCUACUUCAAUCAGAUCGUAGGCUUCUUCCUGGUGGAGGACCACGUUCUGCACUCCACACAGGGACUGUUGACCAGAGCCUUUACUGAUGAACUGUGGAACAUGGCCCUGUCUAAGAUCACUGCCGUGCUCCGAACACACUCUUCGUACUGCAGCGAUCCUGACCUGGUGCUGCAGCUGAAGAACCUCAUUGUCAUAUUUGCAGACACAUUACAGGGUUAUGGCUACCCAGUGAACAGACUGUUUGACCUGCUGUUUGAGAUCAGAGACCAGUACAAUGAAACGCUGCUGAAGAAAUGGGCUCUGGUGUUCAGGGAGAUCUUUGAACUGGACAACUACAGCCCUAUCCCCGUAGACACUGAAGAAGAGUACAAGUCUGUCGUUAGUAGAUUCCCCUUCCACGACGCAGAAAUUGAAAAGCAAGACUUUCCAAAGAAGCUACCGAUGUCUCAGUCUGUGCCUCAGAUCUACGUUCAGGUCAAAGAGUUCAUCUACGCCAGUCUGAAGUUCUCCGAGUCACUGCAUCGCAGCUGGACAGAGAUCGAUGACAUGCUCCGUAAAUCCACCAACCUGUUGUUGACGAGGACACUGAGUGGCUGUCUACAGAACCUCAUCAAGAAACCCCAUAUCGGACUAACUGAGUUGGUCCAGAUCAUCAUUAACACAACCCACCUGGAGCAGGCCUGUAAAUACCUGGAGGACUUCAUCACCAACAUCACCAACGUCUCACCUGAGACCGUGCACACCACGCGGCUCUACGGACUUUCCACCUUUAAGGAUGCACGCCAUGCAGCGGAAGGAGAGAUCUACACCAAACUGAACCAGAAGAUAGAUGAGUUUAUCCAGCUGGCAGACUAUGAUUGGGGCAUGCCGGAGUCGGACGGCCAGGCCAGUGGAUACCUCAUGGACCUCAUCAACUUCCUCCGCAGCACCUUCCAGGUCUUCACACACCUGCCGGGUAAAGUGGCCCAGACAGCCUGUAUGUCAGCGUGUAAGCACUUGUCCACGUCCCUGACGCAGAUGCUGUUGGACAGCGAGCUGAAACAGAUCAGUAUGGGAGCCGUUCAGCAGUUCAACCUGGACGUCAUACAGUGUGAAUUGUUCGCCAGCUCAGAGCCUGUCCCAGGAUUCCAGGGAGACACUUUACAGCUGGCAUUCAUCGACCUCCGACAGCUGCUGGACCUGUUCAUGGUGUGGGACUGGUCUACGUACCUGGCUGACUACGGACAGCCCACCUCCAAGUACCUUCGGGUCAACCCCUCCACUGCACUAGCACUUUUGGAAAAAAUGAAGGACACCAGUAAGAAGAACAACAUAUUUUCUCAGUUCAGGAAGAAUGACCGAGACAAACAGAAGCUGAUUGAGACGGUGGUGAAACAGCUGAGGAGCCUGGUCAAUGGGAUUCAACACUCCUAGAACACACACACAGAUGGACAGAGACACACACACACCAACCAGCCAUGUCUCAACACUCCUAGAACACACACACAGAUGGACAGAGACACACACACACCAACCAGCCAUGUCUCAACACUCCUAGAACACACACACAGACGGACAGACAGACAGACAGACAGACAGAGACACACACACACACAGAGACACACACACACACACACACACAGACAGAGACACACACACACACACACACCAACCAGCCAUCACCUUUCAGUUUCACCAGAUUCCAUGCAUCGUGUAAAUAAAGAGAAGACACACACACACACACACACACACACACACGAGACAUCAAGCUAAAACAGUUUCUCUGUCAGUACUGAGAAAAAGAGUGAAAUGUUUGAAAUGUAUUUUUGAAAGCCUACUAUGUUUUGUAUAUAGUGAGAGUGCAGUGAUUUGUAUCACCACGGUGAUGUAAGGAAUGUAAAGAUGGCAUCUCAGAUGAAGACUGGACAGGAAACUGAUGUUCACUGGGUGAAGUGGCCCAGAUAGGGGACUGAGCCAUGAAGUAUAGGCUCCAAUCGCCCGAGCCCUAUCCGCCCUGCUCUAAAGUAGUGCACUAUAUAGGGAAUAGGACCCUGUUCUAAAGUAGUGCACUAUAUAGGGAAUAGGGCCCUGCUCUAAAGUAGUGCACUAUAUAGGGAAUAGGGCCCUGGUCUAAAGUAGUGCACUAUAUAGGGAAUAGGACCCUGUUCUAAAGUAGUGCACUAUAUAGGGAAUAGGGCCCUGUUCUAAAGUAGUGCACUAUAUAGGGAAGAGGGCCCUGGUCUAAAGUAGUGCGCUAUAUAGGGAAUAUGACCCUGUUCUAAAGUAGUGCACUAUAUAUGGAAUAGGGCGCUGGUCUAAAGUAGUGCACUAUAUAGGGAAUAGGGCCCUCCUCUAAAGUAGUGCACUAUAUAGGGAAUAGGGCCCUGGUCUAAAGUAGUGCACUAUAUAGGGAAUAGGGCCCUGGUCUAAAGUAGUGCACUAUAUAGGGAAUAGGACCCUGUUCUAAAGUAGUGCACUAUAUAGGGAAUAGGACCCUGGUCUAAAGUAGUGCACUAUAUAGGGAAUAGGGCCCUGCUCUAAAGUAGUGCACUAUAUAGGGAAUAGGACCCUGUUCUAAAGUAGUGCACUAUAUAGGAAUAGGACCCUGUUCUAAAGUAGUGCACUAUAUAGGGAAUAGGAUCCUGGUCUAAAGUAGUGCACUAUAUAGGGAAUAGGACCCUGUUCUAAAGUAGUGCACUAUAUAUGGAAUAGGGCGCUGGUCUAAAGUAGUGCACUAUAUAGGGAAUAGGACCCUGCUCUACAGUAGUGCACUAUAUAGGGAAUAGGACCCUGGUCUAAAGUAGUGCACUAUAUAGGGAAUAGGACCCUGGUCUAAAGUAGUGCACUAUAUAGGGAAUAGGACCCUGCUCUAAAGUAGUGCACUAUAUAGGGAAUAGGACCCUGUUCUAAAGUAGUGCACUAUAUAGGGAAUAGGGCCCUGCUCUAAAGUAGUGCACUAUAUAGGGAAUAGGACCCUGUUCUAAAGUAGUGCACUAUAUAGGGAAUAGGGCCCUGCUCUAAAGUAGUGCACUAUAUAGGGAAUAGGGCCCUGGUCUAAAGUAGUGCACUAUAUAGGGAAUAGGACCCUGUUCUAAAGUAGUGCACUAUAUAUGGAAUAGGGUGUGAUUUGGGACAUGUCCUGGAAGAUCUCUACAUCGCUCCAUAAUGCAGUACUGGGUGGAGUUAGUUUCUACUGUAAAUAUAUUGGAGAAUAUUUAACACUACAGAGAAUCACGCUGGUUGGGUCACAAAUGUCGUCAUAUUUCCACAGGGCUCUGGUCAAUGGCAGGGAUUCACUCUCUCCCUGUCUCUGCCAGUCAUUCAGCUCUCUCCCUGUCUCUGCCAGGCAUUCAGCUCUCUCCCUGUCUCUCCCUGUCUCUGCCAGUCAUUCAGCUCUCUCCCUGUCUCUGCCAGUCAUUCAGCUCUCUCCCUGUCUCUGCCAGGCAUUCAGCUCUCUCCCUCUCUCUCCCUGUCUCUGCCAGGCAUUCAGCUCUCUCCCUGUCUCUCCCUGUCUCUGCCAGGCAUUCAGCUCUCUCCCUGUCUCUCCCUGUCUCUGCCAGGCAUUCAGCUCUCUCCCUGUCUCUCCCUGUCUCUGCCAGUCAUUCAGCUUUCUCCCUGUCUCUCCCUGUCUCUGCCAGGCAUUCAGCUCUCUCCCUGUCUCUCCCUGUCUCUGCCAGGCAUUCAGCUCUCUCCCUGUCUCUCCCUGUCUCUCCCUGUCUCUGCCAGUCAUUCAGCUUUCUCCCUGUCUCUGCCAGUCAUUCAGCUCUCUCCCUGUCUCUGCCAGUCAUUCAGCUUUCUCCCUGUCUCUGCCAGUCAUUCAGCUCUCUCCCUGUCUCUGCCAGGCAUUCAGCUCUCUCCCUGUCUCUGCCAGUCAUUCAGCUCUCUCCCUGUCUCUCCCUGUCUCUGCCAGGCAUUCAGCUCUCUCCCUGUCUCUCCCUGUCUCUGCCAGUCAUUCAGCUUUCUCCCUGUCUCUCCCUGUCUCUGCCAGGCAUUCAGCUCUCUCCCUGUCUCUCCCUGUCUCUCCCUGUCUCUGCCAGGCAUUCAGCUCUCUCCCUGUCUCUGCCAGGCAUUCAGCUCUCUCCCUGUCUCUCCCUGUCUCUGCCAGGCAUUCAGCUCUCUCCCUGUCUCUCCCUGUCUCUGCCAGGCAUUCAGCUCUCUCCCUGUCUCUGCCAGGCAUUCAGCUCUCUCCCUGUCUCUCCCUGUCUCUGCCAGGCAUUCAGCUCUCUCCCUGUCUCUCCCUGUCUCUGCCAGGCAUUCAGCUCUCUCCCUGUCUCUGCCAGGCAUUCAGCUCUCUCCCUGUCUCUCCCUGUCUCUGCCAGUCAUUCAGCUUUCUCCCUGUCUCUCAAAAUGACCUGCAUAAACAUGGUUCCAUUGUUUAAACCCAGUACAGGACAGAGAGCUUUGUUAAUUUACACCCAAAAUCAUGUUUUUUUUUUUAUUAGCUAAAUCAAUUUCUUGCAUCCCAAAUUCUAGUUGUUUUUGUUCCUCAGGUUAAAUGAAAGCUUUUGGUUGUCAAAUGCUUUAGAUUCUACCGCUAAGACAUUUCAAACAGCAAUAAUGAUCUCAUCCACCUGCAGGUUCUGCUUAAAGGACGACUUCUGUCUCACAUCUGAAUUCACAUGUCAUAGUUAUGGUUUUUAAUCUGCUUUUUAACAGGCAUUUUGCCCUGAAUAGCUAUUAUUUCAGUUAGCCUUUAUUUAAUCUUAAUAGUUGCUUGUAAAUGUCCUUGUACAUACUGCAUAUUUUGUAAAGAAAGUAAGAAUGCGGUUUAAUUCUGUUACGAAUAAAAGGAGUUUGUUGUUCUGA